AUGUCUAAUGUGGAUUGGGACCCUAAUGAGAUAAUCGUUAAAGCAGAAGCGGAGUCAAUAGCAUGGAAAAAGGCCCAGGAACGUCUGGAGAUGGCAUAUCCCCACACAGAAACCCACGUGGAAAUAUCCGUGUUAGGCGAUAUAUGGGAUAUCACCUCUUCAGGCAGAGCUGGAAGCUCUCAUUUGGGCUAUGCAAUGUAUGUUAAGGACUGGAAAUUAACAAUGGUGUUUCAGACGGACUGUUCCGAUGUGGUGAAGAUGAUAUCUAAACCAGAGGAGUGGCCGGCUUUCUCAUUACUACUUGAAGAGGUUGACAGAUGUAAGAGGAGAUUCAAUUCUUUCUCCAUCAUGCAGAUACCAAGGACGGAAAACACGAAGGCAGACAAGCUAGCACGGAGUGAUCGAGCUCUACCUACUAAUGUGUACUAUGUAAACUCUGUUUCACCAGUUUGGAUUUCCGAACUGUUUUAG